AUCAAGAUAAUUUCACAAGUUUUCUGGUCUCGUUUCUCUCUUCCAAAAACCCCUCAGAACCUACCCAGAUUUUGUUUCUUCUCUCUCUCGUUCUCUCUUGUUUUCACGAGUCGAACCCAAUCCAUCUUCCUCGUCGUAUAUUAUUCUCUUUCCAUCUCAGUAAAACGCUUAUGGCUGAAGUUGAUCAAAGCUUUGUUGAGCAUGAAGAGGAACAGGUACAAGAACCUGAAAACUCGGAGGAGAAUUUGAACUUGGAGCAGAAUUUGAGCUUGGAGCAGAGCUUGAACUUGGAGCCAAACUUGAACUUGGAGCCGAACUUGAACUUGGAGCCUGACUUGAACUUGGAGGAAAAUGCGGAAGAGAACUUGGAGGAGCAGAAUUUGCAACAGGAAUCACCACAUCAACCAAAACAAGAACAUGAAGAUGAGGCAGUGGCUGGAGGUGUUGAAAAGAAGUGGCCUGGAUGGCCUGGAGAGAGUGUGUUUCGGAUGUUGGUGCCUGCACAAAAGGUUGGUAGUAUAAUAGGACGUAAAGGGGAGUUCAUAAAAAAAAUAGUUGAGGAGACAAGAGCUCGUAUCAAGAUACUUGAUGGUCCUCCAGGGACAACAGAGAGAGCUGUAAUGGUAUCUGCGAAGGAGGAGCCUGAUUCUUCUCUUCCACCUGCUAUGGAUGGGCUUUUGAGGGUCCAUAAACGGAUUGUUGAUGGUUUGGACGGUGAUUCAUCUCAUGCACCUACAGCUGUAGGAACCAAGGUUUCAACAAGGCUGCUAGUCCCAGCCUCUCAAGCUGGAAGUUUGAUUGGAAAACAAGGCACAACUGUCAAAUCCAUUCAAGAAUCUUCUGGUUGUGUUGUUAGAGUUCUUGGAGCAGAAGACCUUCCAGUCUUUGCUCUUCAAGAUGAUAGGGUUGUUGAAGUUGUAGGAGAAGCAGCUGGCGUGCACAAAGCAGUGGAGCUAAUUGCGUCUCAUCUUAGGAAGUUUCUAGUGGACCGCAGUAUAAUUCCAUUAUUUGAAAUGCAUAUGCAAAUGUCUAAUCCUCAGAUGGAUCACAUGCCACCUCAUCAAUCCUGGGGUCCACCCCAAGGUGUUCCUCCAAAUGCUAGUGGAGGUGCUGGUUUUGGACACAAUCCUCAGUACAUGCCACCUCCCCGGCAACUGGACAAUUACUACGCUCCUGCUGACAUGCCACCUCCUAUCGAGAAACAGCCACAUCAGGGUAUCUCUGCCUAUGGAAGAGAAGCCCCAAUGGGUGCCCAUGCAUCAUCAAAUCCCCAGAGUGCGCCAUCAAUGAUCACACAGGUCACGCAGCAAAUGCAAAUUCCGCUAUCUUAUGCUGAUGCUGUUAUUGGGACAGCUGGUGCAAGUAUUAGCUAUAUUCGACGUGCUAGUGGGGCAACUGUCACCAUACAGGAAACUAGGGGUGUUCCUGGUGAAAUGACAGUUGAAAUAAGUGGAACUGCUUCUCAAGUUCAAACCGCUCAGCAACUGAUACAGAAUUUUAUGGCUGAAGCUGCAGCACCAGCUCAGGGGCAAACAGGUGGGGCUACUGACCAAGCUUAUAAUCCUUAUGCGGCUCAUAGUUCUGUAUAUGCAUCACCACCAUCCAAUCCAGGACAUGCGGGCCAUACUGGAGGCUAUGGCUCUGUUUAUGGUUCAAAUUAUGGGUACUAAGUAGGAUUGUUUGAGUUUGAUGUCAUCUUUGGGAUAAAAAAACUAUAGAAAAUUUAGAUGGUGAAACUGAAUUGGUUUAAAUUGUGGACUGCUGUAGUGUUGUACUCUGCUUAAUUUCAUGAGGUUAGAACAAACUAAACAUUUUAGUUUUUUGUCUUGUGCAUUAGGCUAACCGUAGGGUUGAGCCAGUACAAUAGUUUUGAAAAUUUUUUAAACCUUUAUCUCC